GUCACAUCUGUGUCUGUGGGCGGGCUGUCAGAAACAUGGCGGCAAAUUUGUCUCACUUGUCUUCUCACCUAAGUCCCAAGGACCGGGCUAAGUAAUAUCCCGAUAUACUGCCCGAGAGUGGAGGUCAGUUGUUUAGCAGCCCGUGUUACACAGACAAACUGACCUGUGGAAUCAGAGGAAAAGCAAGCGGCUAAUCAUGUCGGAGAUGACGGCGGCUGGACACGACCGCAAUGAAGGUCAAGUCAAAGAACACAAGCAGCUGCAAAAGCUGUUUCACUGCUCACAGUGUGAAAGGAGUUUUAAGCAACAGAGAACUCUCAAGCGACACAAGUGCAUUCACACAGGAGAGAAGCCACAUCACUGCUCACAGUGCGGAAAUAGUUUUAAACAUCUGAGUACUCUCAAGAAUCACCAGCGCAUCCACACCGGAGAGAAGCCUUAUCACUGCUCGCACUGCGGGAGGAGUUUUAAGCAUCUGAAUUCUCUCAAACAGCACAAGCGCAUUCACACUGGAGAGAAGCCAUACCACUGCUCACAGUGCGGGAGGAGUUUUAAGCAACAGAGUAAUCUCAAACAACACCAGCGUAUUCACACAGGAGAGAAGCCCUAUCACUGCUCAAAGUGCGGGAAGAGCUUUUCUCAGCUGGGUAAUUUACGAAGCCACCAGCUCAUUCACACAGGACAAAAGCCUUAUUGCUGUUCACAGUGUGGGAAGAGCUUUGCUAAUCCGAAUAAUUUCCAAGUACAUAAGCGCGUUCACACGGGAGAGAAGCCGUAUCACUGCUCAAAGUGCGGGAAGAGUUUUGCCCACCUGGGAACUUUACAAAGCCACCAGCUCAUUCACACAGGGCAAAAGCCAUAUUACUGUUCACAGUGUGGGAAGUCUUUUAUCCAAUCAACCACUCUCCGAAGACACCAUCGCAUUCACACGGGGGAGAAGCAUGGACAAAACACCUAGGAAAGACAAAGUCAUCAGCUUCUGUAGUAUGAAUUUCCUCUGGAUCCACUGUGACCCUGAUCAGGUACUAAAAAAUUAAUGGCUAUAAUAUAAUUAUGGUCCACAUGGACUGGGCCAAGCAGAAAUGUGGGCUUCAUUUAUCACAAUUGCAAUGAACAAAACAUAAAACAAUAAAUGUCUGUGCAUUUUCAGGUUUCAGAAUGAUAAGUGCUGCAGAGUUCAACCAAUAUUGUUAUUGUAGCAUGGGCAAUGGGCCUUAUUUAUCCGUUUUUCUUUGUAAAGUUACGGAUAAGCCAAAUUACUUCAGUUUGUUGUUUCCACAAGUUGCACGAACACUAAUUGUUUUCACACUCACGUGCAUAUCUUGAUCAUCUUGAUCAAGGAUGAGUGAAAAUGGAAGGUUCAUGUCAGUAAUAAAAUGUAAUGAGUUUAAAACCGUGGAAUACGGACACAAUGCUGAGUUUAAGAUGUUAACCUGAUGAAGUCUAAUUGCAGUACUGUGAAAUACUUUUAAUGCAUAAAGUAGAACCUGUGUCAGAAAGUCCAGCUGUUCUACGGGGAUGCUUGUGUAUUUAGGCCACUUAUUUAAAAAAAAAAUUGUGUAAUCAUAAAUAUGAUGUCUAAAGAAAUACUGAGUUAAACUUGGUGGAUCAUCUUGGUUACCAGAGAAUUUGAAACAGUUGAUAUUUGAAGUUAGAUGAUUUCAGAUGCCUUUAUAUUAGCAAAAUCAAGCAACCAGGGGUUGACCAUUUCUUAUAGGUACUCCAUAUGAUUCUCAACAUUAGCUCUAUGUUACAAAACAGUUUCCCAACCCUGUUCCUAGAGAAUAGCCUGUCCUUCACAGUAUUAAAGUGAAUCAACAAAUUGGGUGAUUAACAGCCACUCUCUAAUUAGAAGUGAGUGUAAGAGCAGAAGAAAACACAGUGCAGUACAGAUGGAUCUCCAUGACCAGGGUGGGGAAACCUAUGAAUGUAUGAUCUCUGAAUUUGUCUACUUAUCUCUAGCACUCAAAACACGUGCUAUAUACAUAUGACAAUAGAUGUAAUGAUACAAUACAUUUUAUUUGCAUAUAUUAAUGUAAUAUUAAUAUUAUAUAUUCCCUGCACCCUUCUCCACCACAUAGUCAAAUCUGACAUCUGUAUGUUGACAAACAUUCAAGAACAAACUGCUGUGAUCCAAUUUAGAUAUUAGGCAUUAAAAGGAAUGGCUAAAUGUUAAUUUAUUAAUUAAUCCAUUCACUGACACAUUGUUUAGUAUGAUCAUUUUAGUAUUCUCAGCUUUAAGGAUUUAGUUCUUGCAUAUGAAAUAUGCAUGCAUACAGUCGAUAUGAAAUAAAACAUUUGAUAUGUCA